AUGCCCAACAGCGAACAGUCAUUAAGCAAAUCUCGCAGCUCAGGGGUUCAGUCCCCUGGGGCUCAGUGGAAGAAAUCCCCACGCAUGCCCAAAUGUUCCCGCUGCAGGAACCACGGGUAUUCCUCAUUGUUAAAGGGGCACAAGCGUUUCUGUAUGUGGAGGGAAUGUCAAUGUAAGAAGUGCAGCCUUAUUGCAGAAAGGCAGCGUGUCAUGGCAGCCCAGGUUGCUUUACGCAGGCAGCAAGCCCAGGAAGAGGAACUAGGAUUAACUCACCCUAUUUCACUACCCAGUUCCACUGAACUGCAUGUCAAAAGGGAGCAGAGCAGAAAUGCUUGCCUUUUGCUGGAAAAUAAUUGCAUCCAGACAACUAGUUCCACUGCUGGUGUGACCCCCAGCUUCUCAGAGAGCAAAAUGCAUGUUCAGGAUAUCCCAUCUAUCCCCAGCAGAGGGCACAUGGAAAGCACUUCUGACUUUAUGGUGGAUCCCGCUUAUUACAGCAACUUCUACCAAACAUCACUGUAUCCAUAUUACAAUAACCUCUACAAUUAUUCUCCUUACCAAAUGACAGUGAGUGGUGAUCCAGCUGGUGCCAGUGACAUAAGUGGAUCCUCAGUGAAGAAUGGUAUAAGAAGCUUCUCAGCUGCUUAUGUCCCUGGACAAGCAGGAAACCAAUGGCAGAUGAAAAGCGCUGACAACCGUUUGGCGGGACAUGGUUCAAGCUCACAGUACAGGAUGCAUUCUUACUAUCCUUCAUACCUGGGGCAGAGUGUGCCCACUGCUACCUGUGUUCCACCAUUCUUCACUUUGGAGGAAAAUCCAAAUUUCCCGGAUGCCAAGUCAAGUGUGUUUUCACCACCCAGCAGCCAGGAUUCUGGAUUGGUUUCUUUGUCCAGCAGCUCUCCAGUGAGCAAUAAGAGCAGCAAAGGUGUAGCAGAGUGUGAAGCUCCCACUGAGGCCUCCUCCUACACGGUAACAGGCAAUGCUGAUGACGCCGAGUGAGAAGAUUUGACGUAACCACAUGCUGAAAUCAGUAACUGUCCCUCCAUUUAAGUUAGGUCUACCAUAGGGUUAUAUGUAAAGGCUAAAGGGUAGUAUCCCCUUCAUGAGUC